CCAGUUAGUAAGAACGCUAAAAUCAGUCAACACAUUAAUUACCGAAUACGUUGUACGUUACAAGAUGGUCGGCAGCUAGUUGGCACAUUUAAGGCCUUUGACAGGCACAUGAACCUUGUGCUGUGUGAUUGUGAUGAAUUCCGCACCGUAAAAAAUCGGAACGCAAAGCAGGCCCGUCAGGAAAAACGGUCGCUUGGUUUGGUUCUUCUUCGCGGAGAGCAUAUCGUAAGUAUGAAUGUGGAUGGACCUCCCCCACCAGAAGAUUCAGCUCGUGUUCCGCUACCAGGUGCGGGAAUGGGGAUGAUGGGUAUACCUCCGCCGGGUGUUGGUCGUGCAAUAGGUCGUGGGAUGCCUUUGGCUACACCGGGUGCCGCAAUCCCCCCACCUGCUCCUCCUUCAGGGCUUGCUGGACCUGCGUGGGGCGUUGGUGUGCCAGCCCCAGGUCUGAUGCAGCCCAGAGGAGCGCCACCGCCGCCACCAUCCCAUGGAUUCGGCCGUGGUGGGCCCACACCAGGCAUAACGCCGCCUCCGCCUCCUCCGGGCUCACGACCACCGCCGCCUCCACCCUCCAAUAUGGGCUACUAG